AUGCGGAUCUUCCAUCAGACUCCUGUUACCCCUGACAAUAUUAUCAAAACCGCCGUCACAACAACUUACGGCCUCUUUGAAUUCAUUCGUAUGCCCCUCGGACUUCAUAAUACCGCCCAAAUGUUCCAGGGCUUCACUGACCAUGUCUCACGUGGCCUACCGUUUGUGUACGCCUACAUCGAUGACCUCUUGAUGGCCGGCCAGGAUGCCGAAGAGUACAAAGAGUACCUUGCUUUGAUGCUUAUCACCAACCCCUCCAAGUACGUUCUGGGCGUGUCUUCGCUCUAA